AUGAAUGAUUCAGUAUCAUCAGUGCCACCGCCAACCAAACUCGAUAUCAAAACAGAUAAUGUUUAUACAACAGAUGGAUCAGCGACUCAACAUAUGCGAUCAGUCACAACUAUUGGAAACAAUGCUACUAUGGUCAAUGCACCACGUACACCGACCGAUGCGCGAUUAUACAAUUCACCAAUGAUACGAGCAGCAAGUAUGGAUAAUUCGAAUAAUCCUUCGAAGUCGAUGACAAUCGUUGUUCAAAAUCCAUUUGAUGAUCCUGUACGACAUAUCGAAGAUCCGUCCAAUGAUCCAUCGGGUGCAGGCAAAUAUCUUCUACAUUCUCCGUCACCGUCAAAACAACACAAUAUUACUAACGUUCAAUCGCCACGUGCGCUUUCUCGUACUCCAACUCCCGGUGCGCCGCACCAGCUUUCGGAUGAUGUAUCAAUGCCAUCACCAUCGAUGGCGGGAAAUCUACAACGACAUCCUUCACAACAGGGUCGUCCGCCACAAGCACCCAACAAUGGCCAAAUGACAAAUAUGCCAACUGCACGAAAUAUCGUGCAUCAACAACCACCACCUCAAUUGCAACAACAACAACAACAGCAGCAGCAGCAGCAGCAGUCAAUGCCGCCGCAACAGCCACAGCAGAUUCAACCUGGUUCACACCAUGUUCGAUUCAAUCAAGACCUAUUGAAUAAUUACGGUAUCAAUGUUCCCAUGACAAGACAACCAUCUCAACCAGGAACGAAUGAAACUCCACAAUCUCCAUCAAAUUCAACGUCAAUUACAUCGUUGAUUCCUCUUCCAUCCCCAUUACCGAAUAAUCUAGGUGUUAAUAUGCAUCAUAUGAACCAAGCAUCUAUAACACCCACCAUCUUAGGCUACCCUAUGCAUCAACCGUCAUCUCAGCCACCGAAUACGAACAAUAACUUCAUUUCCCCACAACAAAUCAAUGUACAAAAUAAGCUAGAUAAUUCUCAUAUUAUUUCACCUCAUGGGCCACAUCAUCCGCUGUCAUCGGCGAGUCAUCAUCCACCAACUGGAAUCUACGUGAAUGCUCGUCCAAUGCUUCCAUCGCCAGUCACAACUGUAACUGGUGUUGGUAAAGUUAAACAACAAAUAUCUCAACAACCUAUUCGACCUGGCAUGCCAACAAAUGGAGUACCUACUGGUCCAUCGGCUGUUGUCUUACGCUAUCCACAAAUGAUACAAACAUCUCAACAAGUACAACAACAACAACCUCCACCACAUCCUAAUUAUCAAAUGAUGAAACCACGCAUGAUGCCGCCGAAUACCUAUGGACCACGUGGGCCUGCACCUCCACCACCUCCUCAAUUAAUUAUGCAACAACAGCAGCAACCGAUUAUUUACGACCAUAAUAGUCUCUAUCGACAACAACAGCCACCUCCACCACCACAACAUAUCGCUACACUACAAACGAAUUCACAUAUUAAUGAUAGUCUUUUGAAUCAAUCUAAGCAUCCACAUCAACAGCAGCCGAUGCCUCAGCAAGUUCUACACCUACCAUCUGGUAUGCUCACUACAGAUGACAAUAUUCUCAAAUCUUUACUACAAAUCAAUCCACAAGCAAACUCUGAAGAGAUUGCUACAUUGAAAGCACGGACUAGUGGCAAUGUAAUGUCCAAUGGCAUAUCGACUGAUAAUAAUGAUUCAUAUGACAAUUCUCAAAUGCAAAUUCAUGAUAACGCACCACACGCUUAUGCGAAUAAUCAUCACCAUCAUCUCUAUAAUCCACCAAUCAAUACUCCAUCACAUCCAAAUCCUCCGCCACAGUCUGCUCCAACUGCAAAAAUUCCUAAACCGCGUAAAAAACGGAAGCCUAAUGAAAUGAAUGCAUCAUUCGAUGAAGAUGUACCAGCCAAAUCACGUAAACGUAAAAAAAAAGGAACUGAAGAAACAGAGAAAUUUGUUGAACAUUCAUUACAACAACUACGCGACUUACCCAUGUUGACACCGCUUGAACCAUUGAUUGAUAUUAGUAGUGAACUUUCAUUGUCUCUACCGAUCGAUUUACCCGAUAAAAAGUAUCAGUAUCAAGGCGAGUUUGGCAAUGUAUUUAUUGAAACUAUUAAUGAUUACUAUCGACCACAACGACGACCACCACCUAAACCAGUUUCAGCAACAAUUCCUGCCAAUUCUUUAUCAGCACUCGAACGACGCUACCGUAUCUGCUCGACACUUCUUGACCACCCUCCACGAUUGCCAUCUCCACCAUUGGCGAUGGAUUCCAACGAUAAAUUAUCAGGUCUAUUAACAAAAGAAGAAAAUCAUGAGAUACGUGACGACGAAAGUAUUAUAUCUACGUCAACGUUAGCCGAGGAUGAUACAAUUUUGAAUAACAUUGAAAUGGAAAACAAUCAAUUACUCAAAACAUUAUCAUCAAACAAUGACUAUAGAUCUUUAAGUCCUGUCUUCAUAUCCAAUGAAGUAUCAUCGACAAAGAACAGUGAACCAUUACUAUCACUACCAGCAAAUUCAUCAGUUGAUAUCAAACAAGAAAUGAAUGAUGAAAGGGUUACAAGUGUACCACCAGCAGAUGCUAAUGAACUCGAAAAGAAAGAUCGACCACUCGUUGAAGGAACGGAUAAAGUAUCAGUAACAUUGACAUUAACGACUGAAGCCGCGAAUAAUGUUCAAAGUGUCAUUGCUGCUGUUGCUGACCUACUUAAAAUCGCUUAUCCAUCAACAUUUGACGUUCGUCAAACGUUAAACAAUAAUUCGAAUGCUCAAUAUUCUUCUGCAUUUGAUCAAAACUGUUCCUGUUCAACACCGCUUCAAAAUAAUCAUACAAAUCAUUUUCUCUCCUUCCCUUCAUCAGGCACGUCUCAAUUACCGACUAUUAGCCGUGGCGCAUCGACAUACAAAACCGGCCGAGAAACAAGUGUCAGUAUUCAAUCCCUGAUAGAAAUGCAGCCGAAACAUUGCCGUAACUGUACACAACGUUUAGCCUCCGAUAAUUUAUUGAAAAAACGUCUAACUGAAUUACCAUCGGCUGCCAGAGAAUUGAUGCCGAAUUCCGAACCGUUUAUUUAUUUUUGUAACGAACAAUGUUUCAAUACUUGUUUAUCAAAUACACAUAGCCAACAGCAAGCUUUAACCGUCAAUACUUCAAUCAAUAAUUCGCCGACGAUUAAAACUGAAUCUAUGGAUACAACAUCACCACCAUGUACACCGAAUGAAUUGAAUGGUUCACCGAACGGACGACCACGACGUUUAUCGUUGAAACGACGACAUGAAUGUCUGAAUAAAUCAAAUGGUGAUAAGCGAUGGAAAGAUAUCCGAUGGAAACGAUGGGAUCCAAGUAUUACACUGAAAACGGUUAUCCGACCGUCGAACAACGUUGAAAUUGAGCAAUUAAUUUCGGAAAUGAAGAUACCGCUACCACGAAAUGCUCAACAAGACAAACGAGUAUGUGCUUUUUGCCAUGGUGUUGGUGAUAUGACUACCAAUGGACCGGGAAGAUUACUCAAUCUUGAUGUUGGUCGAUGGUGUCAUUUGAAUUGUGCUUUAUGGUCAACAGAAGUCUAUGAAACAGUCAGUGGUGCAUUGAUGUGUGUUGAACAAGCAUAUAAACGUUCGAUAAAUAUCGAAUGCGCAUCAUGUAAACAAAAAGGUGCCAGUUUAACAUGUUUUUCUCCACGUUGUCCGAAUGCAUAUCAUUUUCCAUGUGCUGUGGAUUCUGGUUGUGUAUUUCACAAGAAUAAAACAAUCAUGUGUCCAGUUCAUGCUUCACGAACAACUGCGACUGAUCAGAUACUCGAGGAUAAAUCAGUUAUUCGUAAAGUCUGGAUCAAUCGUGAUGAAGUCAAACAAAUUCAAACGUAUAUGACAGAAGAACAUGAAGAAACUUCUUAUACACUCCGUAUCGGAGGUCUUGUUCUCCACAACGUUGGUCAGUUAUUACCUCAUCAAUUACAAUCCGCCGUAUUUCAUAAUCGAAAUUUUAUUUAUCCAGUCGGCUAUAAUGUUACACGAUUCUAUUGGUCAAUGCGUCGCCCAAACCGCCGUUGUGCGUAUCAUUGCUCUAUAAUUGAUGUCAAUAACAAACCGAUGUUUCGAAUACGUAUCCAAGAAAAUGUCGACGAACCGGCACAGGAAUUUCUUGAACCAACCGCGAAAGCUGCUUGGCAUAAAAUUGUCGAUGAAAUUGAUGCUCUAAGACGACAGCAUGGCCUAGUUAAAAUGUUUUCAAUAUUCGUCAGCGGAGAAGACUUAUAUGGACUAACUGAGCCACAUAUCAUUCGUCUGAUUGAAUCAUUACCCGGAGUGGAAAUGUUACAAAACUAUGCAUUUAAGUAUGGCCGAUUACAAUUAUUAGAUAUGCCAUUGACUUUAAAUCCGACUGGGUGUGCCAGAAGUGAACCAAAACUAAAUACUCAUUUCCGACGACAUGCACAAACAUUGACAAGUUCACAUUCGACUCGAAGUGCUUUACCACGAACUGUACUCGGCAUUGAAGGGACUCAAAUUCCUUAUGUCAAACAUUUCGUUCUAUCGAAGUCAACUCAAUAUAGAAAACUGAAAACUGAAUGGCGUCAGAAUGUUUUUCUUGCUAAAUCACGUAUUCAGGGCUUGGGUCUAUUUGCCGGACGUGAUCUGGAAAAACAUACCAUGGUUAUUGAGUAUAUAGGUGAAUUAAUCCGUAAUGAAGUUGCUAAUAAAAGAGAAAAACUGUACGAACAACAAAAUCGUGGGAUUUACAUGUUUCGACUAGAUGAAGAAUACGUUGUCGAUGCAACAAUGAGCGGCUGUUUAGCUCGUUACAUAAAUCAUUCAUGCGAGCCGAACUCCAUCGCCGAAGUGGUACAAAUUGAAAAAGAUAGCAAGAUUAUCAUCAUUACCAAUCGACGUAUUGCUAAAGGUGAAGAAAUAAUGUAUGACUACAAAUUCGAUUUCGAAGAAGAUUCGAAAAUUCCAUGUUUAUGUGGUGCAACUAAUUGUCGAAAAUGGAUGAAUUGA